AUGUUAGCAGUUAAUAUUAUUGCAGACAUUAUCGGUAAAACAGAGACUAAUUUACGAAAUAGUUCAAUGUGUAAACAACCGCCAAUGUAUUCAACAUAUUCUGCACACAAAGAAAAUCUACGCCGGAUGCAAGAACAAAGGAGAACAGCAGAAGACUGGCAGACAUCUAAUAGACAACUGCAUGAUAGCCGAUCAGUUGGUAGUCGUGCUGUCCUGGAGGAAAUGGAGACGAUAACACUACAACCGAUUGGUCGAGGUGUACACGAUCUUGAACCACCAGCUGGUUCAAUAGCACGAUCAGUUCGAGCUAAUACUCCAACGGCCAAUCGAUCAUAUGCUCCUGGUGGAUGGGAUCAUCAAGAUGGUUUUCGUACAAUUGCAACAACUAAUUAUCAUCGUGAAUUACACGCAUCUGGACCUCAAUCACCAUAUCUUGGAGCAUUUGGACCGAAUUCGCAUUAUGAGGCAACACCAGUUGGUAGUCGUUCAGUCGUUCAACAAUCUGAGAAUAACUGGAAGACUACAACUGCCUUCUCUCCAGCCGGAAGUUUGUCUGGUACCAAUGUCGUUGUUGAUGGUGUAGACGGUGAUGUAGCAGGAAUGCGUCAAGUGGUUGAUACAUCAAAAUACUGGUACUUGCCAGGGAUUUCACGUCCAGAUGUAAUCGCAUUAUUACGCGACAAAGAGCCUGGCAGUUUUGUUAUUCGUAACAGUAACACGUAUGCUGACAGUUUUGGUUUGGCACUGAAAAUUCCACCAAGUUCACCAAGGGGGUUGCCUAACAAAGAUGAUAAUCAAUCAGAAUGGGUUCGUCAUUUUCUCAUCGGUACUGUACCUAUGCAUGAUGGACGUGGGAAUGGUGUUCACUUGCGUGGAUUUUCUAGUGAUCCAACAUUUCCAAGUUUAGCAGCUUUUGUUCAUUAUCACCUAAAUCGACAAGGUGCUCUACCAUGCACUCUACGCCUUCCUACAGUAACCAAUCAUUCUGUAUUCAAUCAACAAAGAACAACUGUCAACGAUCAUGGUACUUAUAGUUCAGAAACACCAUUGCCUACAGCAGUGCCUAGUAGUACAAUGACUAUGGAUAUGUUAUAUCUUGGCUCAGUUGAAGUUGAUCGUUUAGAAAAUAUGAAUGCUGCAAGUCGUGGAAUUGGAAAAAUUCUUAGUCUAGCUGAAUCAUAUUCAGAUGGUCUACCAAAACAAUGUGAAGUACAGAUUAAAGUUAUUCCACAUGAAGGAGUUACUUUCAUGGAAAAAUCAAGACGAAGUCUAUGGAAAAAAGUUAUUAAACCAAGCAAUCUACUUUGGUGUGGUAUGGAUCCAGAAAACAGAGAAUUUAAUGAUGUAGAAUUACGAUCUAAAGGAAUGUAUGGUUCAAAGUUAUUCGCUAUAGUGGCUCGUAAGCAACGCUUUUGGUUACAUGAAAAUGUGGUUUAUGUGUUCUGUGAAGUAAAUCACAAUCAAUCAGCAGCCCAGCUAACCAGAUAUGUGAAUUCUGUAUUCCCUUGUGUAAGAGAUUAA